GCCCUUCUUCUCCACGCUCUGGCUCCGAGCGCCCCCUGUGGCCGGCUCGCUGUCCCCGGGGCGCCCCUCCCUCUCUGCCUCAGAGCCAGCCAGCCGCUCUGUCCUUGCCCCAGCGCCGCGUCCCGUCCCUCGCCAGCCAGCCAGCCAGCCGCCGCGCCCCGUCCGCCCAAUCCCUCGAGGGGGGCGGGGGCCACCAGUGCCGGCAGCCCGUCCUUGCGGGUUGCGCCCCGGGCGAGGACGAGGCGCAGGGGGGAGGCGGCGGCGGCGGCGGCUCUAACAGGUGGGAUCCCACGGCGAGGGGGCGGAGGAGGCAGGCACGGGAGGGGCAAGGAGGAAGGAGGGACGAGCCCACGCCGCCUGCCAGGCGAGUCGGUGUCACCGCCACAGGAGCGGCUGCUGCUGCCAGCGCCGCCGGUGCUUUCCUAAGCGCCGCUGUCCCGGCCGCCUCCGUCCCGCCCGCCGUCCCACGGCUCCUGCUCUGCUCACCAGCCGGCUCCUCCCUCCCUGCCUGCUCGCCUUCGCCACGCCACGCCAGGCAGGGCGCAGCGCUCGCUCUCUUCCUCUCCGCCCGGGACAGGGGCUCGCUCGCCUGCCCACCCGCCAUGCCGAAGCCGCCGCCGCCGCUCCUGCUGCGGUCAGCCAGCGGUAGCCGCCCCGGGGACAGCGAGCUGGGCCGGCAGUUCCGGGACUGGUGCCUGCGCACCUACGGCGACUCGGCCAAGACCAAGACGGUGACCCGGAGCAAGUACCAGCGCAUCGCCGAGGUGCUGCAGGGGGGAGCCGGCGCCGGCAGCGGUGGGGAGAAAGGCAAGUUCCAGUUCUGGGUGCGCUCCAAGGGCUUCCGCCUGGGCAACGGCACUCGGGAGUCGCCGGCCGCGGCGGCGAAGAUGGGCCAAGUGGUGGUCUAUGUGCCGGUGAAAACGGGAACGGGGGCAGAUGGCCUGUCGGAGCCCGAGGGCAUCGCUCUCAAGCGCGUCGCUGUGGUGGAAGAUUUCUUUGACAUCAUCUACUCGAUGCAUGUGGAGAGCUCGGCGGAGCCAGGCAAAGCACCCAAACAUGCUGGGCAGAAGAAGACCUACCGGGCGAUUGCUGAGACCUAUGCCUUUCUCCCAAGAGAAGCUGUGACCAGGUUCCUGAUGAGCUGCACCGAAUGCCAGAAAAGGAUGCAUUUCAAUUCCAAUGGCGUGGAGCCCAAAGAAAAUGAGCCUCCUUCCUCGCUGGUCUCUGGCAUCAUUGAUUACAACAUGCCUCUCACCUCCACCUACUUGAAGCAGAUGAAGCUGCGGGUCAUGAAUUCCCAGGAGCAGGAUGAGACAUCAGUGAGCAGUGAGGACUUUGAUAUGAAUGACUCCACAUGGAUGUCAGCUGACCAGCAUCUUAACUCCCGUUUGAGCCCCAGCCAGGAGGAAGGGAUGCGCAGCCCACAGAAUAUCCACAGCCAGGAGGAUGAUGAUUCCUCCUCGGAGAGCUGCAGUGGGAACGGCUCCUCCACCCUCAACCCGUCCACCUCAAGCAGCACUCAGGGGGAUCCUGCCUACCCAGAGAUGAAUGGGAAUGGAGCUGCCGCCCCCAUGGAUUUCAGUGCCUCCUCCGAGGACCAGCCCAUCAACCUGUGUGACAAGCUGGCGCCUGCACACAUCACCCCAUCCUACCAGUCAGACAGUUGUAGCGCGGACGGCCUGCGGAGCCGUGCAAAAUAUGGAGCCAAAAGCACAGCCGAGUCACCUCCGUACAGCUCCGGCAGUUACGAUUCUGUCAAGACAGAGGUCAGCGGCUGUCCCGAAGACCUGACCGUUGGGCGAGCUCCUGCCGCUGACGACGACGACGAUGACCACGAGGACCACGAGGACAAUGACAAGAUGAACGAUUCGGAAGGGAUGGACCCAGAACGGCUAAAGGCCUUCAAUAUGUUUGUACGCCUCUUUGUGGAUGAAAAUCUGGACCGCAUGGUUCCCAUCUCCAAACAGCCCAAAGAGAAAAUCCAGGCCAUUAUCGAAUCCUGCAGCAGGCAGUUCCCCGAGUUCCAGGAGCGAGCUCGCAAGCGCAUCCGCACUUACCUCAAAUCCUGCCGUCGCAUGAAGAAGAAUGGCAUGGAAAUGACCAGGCCCACCCCGCCCCACCUGACCUCAGCCAUGGCCGAGAACAUCCUGGCAGCCGCGUGCGAGAGUGAGACACGGAAGGCAGCCAAGAGAAUGCGGCUGGAGAUCUACCAGACGUCCCAGGAUGAACCAGUUGCCCAGGACAAGCAACACUCCCGAGAUUCCGCUGCCAUCACACAUUCGUCCUACACACUGCCAGCCUCCUCCUUCUCGCAAGAUCCCGUUUACAUCAAUGGGAGCCUGAACUACAGUUACCGGAGCUACGGAAACCUAGGAGGCAGCCUGCAACCUGCUGCUUCACUCCAGACAGCGAAUCACAGUAACGGCCCCACUGACCUCAGCAUGAAAAGUGGCGCGUCCAGUACCACCCCCCCUGCCAACAGCACGAACAGGGGGGUGCCAGCCGCCCAGCUCAGCCCCACUGAGAUCAGUGCGGUGCGGCAACUGAUUGCUGGCUACCGAGAGUCCGCAGCCUUCCUCCUUCGCUCUGCAGAUGAACUGGAAAACCUCAUUUUACAGCAGAACUGACUGCUCGCCUCCCUGCGGCUCCUGUGCCAGAAGACACUGUCCACCUCUUGCACGAGGCUCCCUCCGAUAAUCUGCUCAGGACUGGCCAUUCCUCUGCCCACCAACCAUCUCCAAGCUGGCACAGGCUCUUGCUUUUUUAAAGGUGGAAUCCCAAAAGAUCUGUUUCACUUUGGGGCCCAAGCACCUGCCUUUCGAACCGGCCCACGCCAGUGCGUUCCAGCAACCCAGAGGAGCCGCUCUGCAGCCUGGAGAGAUGUAGGACUAUUGUUUGGGGGUGAGGGAAGAGGAGGUGGGGGGGAAGAGCCGGGGGUGUGUGUGUGGAGCUACAGGCACAGUCAGAAUUUACUUUGUAGAGCCCUUUUUCAGCACCUCCCUGCCACCCUUCCUGCCUCUUCCAUGUCUUAGAAAUUCCAUAUUUAUUGAGAAACGGGCCCUCCCUUGCCAGGAUCACCCCCUCCCUCUUCCCCUCCCUUCCCUAAUUUAUUUUUUUUAAAUGAUGUCUUGAGUUUGUACAGAUUUGCCACUUUUCUGUCUGUCAGAUGAGGAGGAGGUUUAAUCCUGCACCGUCACACAUUCCGUCACACCAUUCCGCUUCCGGAUGCUGGAAGUGAGGAUGAUGUGAUCAGCUACCCAGGCAGCUGCAGACCCUCUACGUGUUCCACCUUUUCACCCAGCAGCCCUUUGGCAGCACAGGGGCCAGCCCCCUCCCUCUCCCCUUCCAAUUAGCAGGACUUGCUCUGGUCACUUGAAAGGAAAGCCCCUGGGGCCAAGUCACAAAGCAGCUGCCUGCUCUUCUUCCUCCUCCACACUCUACCUACCUCAUCACCCUGCAUUGUGGGUUUUUUCCAGACUUGGCUCCUGCUGGUGCAGCCACAGGGGAGACUCCAGCUGUCAACCCUCAGGGGCUGCUUGAGCCGGCAGACCAGGCCUGUUCCUUGCUGCAGGGGGUACCUCUCCCCUAAUGCUUUUUGCAAGGGGCUUGCUUGAGGCAGGGUUGCAUUCGCCACUGGAAUGGGAGCGCAGUGGCGAGUGGGGGAGGGCAGCAUGAGAAAAGCAGCUUCCUGUUCAGGUCAUUCCUGGAAGGUUUUCAAAAAGGCAUUUUGCAGCCUGCAGGCAAAGGCCUCCUGCAAGAAGCCCACCGUUUCUGAUGCGUGGAUAGAGACGGAGCCACUUUUUUCCUCCUCAAGUAGUUUCCCCCUAUGCCCCCCAAUGCCCACCCACCCACCCACAUAAUGCUCUUGCUUUUGCUCAGUGCAAUAUUUUUCAGUGCUGCUAAAAUCAGGAAUGGAGGAGCUCAGGCAGCAGCACCGGACCACGCAACCUGCUCAGCAGUAGCAGAAGAAACCAGGAAACCUGAGGCCUAAACAACUGGGUGAAUUCUCUUCGCCUCCCCUCUGCUCCCAGCUGGCCAACGUGACUAAACCCACGUCUCCCUGCAGUGCCACAGCUUACUAGGGAACACACCACCACAAAGUACCAGCCCUUGCCAAGUUUGGGAGAAACCUGCGGCGCCGGCAGUAUCGCCACCAAUCAUUUCCUCCUUCGAGCUCCCCCGUUUAGGGCGUUUGCCAUAGCCCAGGCAUUCUGGGGCACUUUCUUCCAUGGAACUGAGCACCUUUUAUUUGCCUUAUUCCAUGAGGUGAAGAAAACGCAGCACUCCCUUCCGAAAGCCAAUGUAUAUGGAAGCUACUUUUGUUCAGUUGAGCAUGGUUUCCUUCCGUAUCGUUCCAUACAUAUGCUUGGGAUCAGACUGUUAGUUUUAAGCCACAUUUCGUACACAAAAGCUCUCAGGAACAAAUUACUGCAGGCCCCCUCCCAAGAGUACGUCCUUGGCAGUUGCUGCUGCUUAUGAUGAGGUGGUUGUUUCCCCGUGAGCGUGGCUUUGUUGCACAUGAGAAUUUCUGAUCCUAGUUCACACCCUGUAGUUUCCUUACUUUCUUGAGCGAUACCCUGGGGGUUCCAGGGAAACGGAGGUCAGCCUUCUGCUAAAAGUCCUCCUGUCAACCCCCCUUUUCGCUUUUUCUCCGCAGCAGAGGACAACCCAUGUGUGCUUGACCUGCUGUUUCUUCUCCCAACUUUGAUUUUCUGUAAAUAUUUAUUAUUGUGAAAGGCCCAGGAAAGAAAGUCCUUACCACACCACCUUUGUGAAAAUCUUAACAUUAAAGUGUGGCAGAGACAAUCGCUGUCCUUAAAAUCCUGGUGUUCAAGUCCUCGUGUGCAGCCUUUGCUUUGCUGAAGGCACCACCAGGAACAUAGCCAUGAGACAGGGGGCUGGUUACCCAGAGGCUUAUUACAAUGGAACAGCAGACUGCUUUGGUAAAGUUCCCCAGGUGUAAUGUUUAAAAGUCUCUUCUCUAGAUCACUUUGGAACUUGGCUUAGUGUGCAUAUGUCACUGCUUUUGUUUUUUAAACCACUGGUAGAAUGUUUUGAGACUGGCGUGGCUAAUGAAAAGAGACCGACAGAAAGCCAACUGGGGCUCACAACCCGCAUCUGGGCUGGGUUGAGUUCAGGAAAGUAUAGCCUCUAGUUGUAUUUGGGCCACAGAAGCCAUUUUAUGUUUAUAGCCCUAAUUGUCUUAGGACAUUUCUGUGGUCUUCAACUGAUCCCUGUUGAGUAGGGGACCCUUCUUUCUGCAAAAGGUUAGCCCUCCUGUGCUCACAAACAGGAAUCGAAUCCCUAUGAGAACUCUGGCUUGGCAGGUCUUUCAACAAAGAAAAAAAGGGGGGGGGGAAAUCUCUACCCACAAGUCCCUUUCCCAUAGCAGCAUUUUCAGCCAGGGAAAGGCAUUCAUAGGAUUCCAAAUAGAAAUCCCCUCCUCCCAAACACACACACACACACCCAAUCUUGAAAGCCACCUUCUUCUCAUAGAUGGCUGUAACGUUUAGUACCAGUUCAUUUACAAAAAAUGCUGCUUUGAACUCAGAGGGUUAAAUAAAAUUUUGAUUUCUAAUUUUUUGUAAAACUUUUUACAAGGUAGCCUAGGGAUUUCACCAGAAUACAAACUACAAUCUGUCCAUGGUCUGAUUUUUAUAUAAUUUAGUGGUGCUUUAGAAAGUUUGGUUUGGUUGUUGUUUCAGAGCUGUACAGCUCAGUUCUUCGCCUGUAUCUACCCAAGACCAAUGUGAACCUUUGUACUUUUUGCUCCUGACUUUGGACUCAGUGAAAGUGUACUGUUUACAUGUACAGAAUUCCCAGCACCCCCCUCUGUGUUCUGCAAGUCCUGCUCUUGGCGAGGAAGACACACCUCACCCUCGAUCAUCUGCUUAGCAAAGCCACCGUCUCUCUAAUCUGUAUCCCAUCCAUCUCUGUACGCAAACACACACCUAUCCUGUUCCUGGGAUGCGCUGCAAUGAAAAGGGUUUCACACCGUGUUCUCCUCAAGUGACCAGUUAAAUGUCAGGUUCUUUAAAAGGUAGAGAUAAGAUGAAAGCAAACAUCUAGGCUCUCUCUCACUAGUCUCAAAUCACAGGAUCACACUAUUCACUGGCUUCUGCUCCCAUAACCACCAAGGCACAAGAAAUGGGCUGUGAGGCAUGUGUGACCCAGGAAAUAACCUCCAGCAACUACCAAUAUGGUAUAUAGUCCAGUGCUGUUAAAAUCCCAAGAGGCACCCAUAUGUUCCUAGACAUGCUACAGAGGAAGGAAAUGGCACUUAAAACCAGCUUGAGAAGGUGACACUUUAUUGCUUAAAUCAGUUAAAUUCUAAAAAGACCUUCCUGACAGGCACCUAUGCAACUUCAUGUGGCUCUUUUAAGCAGAUGAGCACUUCCUCCUCCAUGUGCUAUGGAAAUACUUUGUUUUAUAUACAGUGGAUCUUUUUCCAGUAAAUGUGGCUUAAUAUUUUACUUCUUAGAACGUGUGUUUGUUCUAUGUAACGCAACUUAAUUCUGUUCUGUUUGUGAAAUGAGUAGCACAGGCCAACCUCCUUGUCCCAUUCACUUAAAGACCAACAAGCUGUUUAAAUCCAGCGGUUAUUUCCAUCCAUGGUAUUACUUGCUAAAUGCACUGAUUUCAUAAGUAUGUGGAAUUUUUUUGAGUCUGUAUAUCACAUUAUAAGACUGAAUCUACUUAAUAAAC